AUGAAAAUGUCAACACAAUAUUCAAAGGCAUUUAUUUUUCUAAUAUUUUUGGGAGUAUUUGCACGUGACACGUCAGCUAGAAUACUCCUAGGAGAUGCAGUAGCUACAGUUUUUGAGAUCCCAGCUGGUGUAAAUGGCUUAGGAUUUGGUCAGAUUAUCGGAGGAGCUGGCGGCAGUAGUGGUGGCGGCGGCGGCGGUGGUGGUGGCGGUGGAGGAGGUGGUGGUUUUAGUGGCGGAAACGGUGGCGGAUUUGGAUUUGGCUUUGGUAGUGGCCACGGGUCCGGCUUAGGCAGUAGCGGCGGUGGUGGUGGCGGUGGCGGUGGCGGUGGUGGAGAGAAUGGUGGUAGUGGUUUUGGAUUUGGGGUCGGUGAAGGUUUCGGCGGUGGUGGCAUUUGA